AUGACAACCCUCGAUUCUUCCUCCGCAGCUGAAUCGAGCAUGGACGAAUCAUCCAACCUUCAACAACCUCCUUCUGCCACCAACGACGGUCGCGGCUACGCCGGUGGUGUAUCCGACGAAGAACAGAACAGCAAAGAAUCUGAGGUGGUGUGGAGUAACUUCACCGACAGCUUCCGUGAAGUCCAAUCCGUAUUGGACCGAAACCGAGCUUUGAUUCAACAGGUCAACGAGAAUCACCGCUCCAAAAUUCACGAGAACAUGGUCAAAAACGUUGCCCUAAUUCAAGAGAUCAACAACAACGUUUCCAAAAUCGUGUCCCUCUACUCCGAUCUAUCUAUCAACUUCUCCAGCGCCUUUCAUCAACGGGUUUCAGAGACUGAUGCAGACAACCUGAAGGAGAGUUGA